GAUAUAAGUUUAGAAGGAGAUAUUAUAAGUGAGUGGCAAAAAGAAAUGAAUGCUGACGUGUUAUUACCGGAGGUAUGUGCUGUUUGCGGUCAGGAUGUGUCGAAGGUUUGUAUUGAAGUGGUACAUGCGGAUAAAGUCCCGUUGUCCUUGUUGCGGAAUCCUCUUCUUCCUGAUGACUGCUUGCCUCGUUCGUAUGAUUUGCUCGCGUACGAUCGAGCCAUCUUACAGCCAGAAGGUCUUCUUAAUUGCUGGUCUCGAGACGGAAUGAAAAUGUGUAGUUUGUGUCGUUCCGAUUUGUUGAGUAAGAAACCUAAGCUUCCGAAGUUCGCUCUUGCUAAUUUCCUUUAUUAUGGGCACGACAGUCUGCCGGCUGAUGUACGUUCGGCCUUUCGAGAUGCGUCUACCGUAGAUUUGACGCUUGUGGCUAGAGCGAGAGCCAGCCGGAUCACACAUGUGUAUAGUGCUCAAAGAGUCAUGAGGAGUGAUGGUGAAGGAAUGCCUCGGUUCAUGAAGGGAAACGUGGCUGUCGUACCACAGGAUUCUACGCAACUCAGGCGAUUUCUUCCACCGGAGGAUGACGAACUUCGUAAUAGCGUGUGUGUGUUGUUUUCUAAUUGGAAUUCGCCUAUUACCGAGGAUGUUAUACGUCGAUGCAGCCCUGUUUUAGCACGAAAGUCGGUUGUCAAGACUUUGAUAGAAUUUUUACUCGAGCAUAAUCAGUAUUAUCGUGAUGCCGGGGUGCAGUUCAGUCAAAAUAACCUCGACGCUUUGUUCGACAAUACUGCGGAGGAGUAUGGGUUUCCUCGAGCUAUUGAGGUGUGUCGUAACAGUUGCAGUGGAAUGAGGUCAGAUACGUUCACUAGCUCGUACUCUGACAGUGAACGUGCUUCUGAGUUUGAGUCAGACUCCUUGUCGGAUUUGAUGUUGCCAACAAUAGGUUAUACUACAGGCGAUCAUUCUAUGGGAUCCAAGCAAACUAUGAAGGCUCACGCGUUAGCCUACGCUCUUAAUGGUUCGCGCUUUAUUGUAAGUCGAGGUGCAAAGGAUCUAUUAGCAGAUGACGAUCCUUGUCUUUUGAGCUGUGUGUUUCCUCACCUAGAUCCUUGGGGAAUCGGAUCUUUCAAUCAUCCCGGUCGUCUGCGCAAGAUUUCAGUGCGUGAACAACUAACUUGUAUGAUGCGGUUACACAACUCCGUAUUUGUGCGCGAUCCGGUUCUUCCAUAUGUAAUGUGGAAUGUUUUGCAGAAGAAGCGAGUUCAGUCUAAUUCGUGCUUUAAUGUAUCUGUCAACGUACAGCACCAGAUUCGAUCCGAACUAAUUGCCGUUGCUCCUGCUUUGGUAGAUUUGUCUAAUAAAUGGCGUAUCAAUCCGAGGGCGCCUGCUUCUUCACCUCUCGAAAAGCGGGCGAUCGCCGUUUUGAAGCGCGUGCAGCAUUCCGCUUCCAGUGUUGUCGGUAGUCCGGGUUAUAAACUCUGUCGGCGGAAUGAAGUUCGUUCUUUGUUGAAGAUUCAUGGCACUUCUGCAUUGUUCGUGACUCUUAAUCCUCACGAUUUAACGAGUGUCGCCCUGGCUGCAUCGGCAAACGUGUUACCUUCCAAUUGGAGGGUUAUGACUCCAAAGCAGAGAGCAUUGCUGGUUACUCAGCGUCCAGACGCUGCUGCUAUCGCGUUCGAUCUUCAAGUCAACGCUUUUUUGCGGAUCGUAGUUCGAUGCGGGCAAAAAAGACCUGGUUUGUUUGGGCGAUGUAAAUCGUAUUAUGGGAUGGUUGAAGCUCAGGGGAGAGGAACACUGCACAUCCAUGUUUUGUUGUGGAUCGAGGGAAAUCCUAAUCCGCAGCGGCUUCGCGAUAUGAUGGCGGCGGAUCCUGUAUUUUCGGAGCAGAUGAUGCGGUGGCUUGAGCACAUUAUAAAAAGUGAUUUACCUGGUUCAGAACAUAUUGUAUCUAAAGAUCAGUUACCGGAAGCUAGAAGGCCUGGCAGAGAAAUUGGCGCAGAAGAUCCUCGAUUAGCUGUGCAGCCAGCAAUUGAUAGCAUGGAUAGAGACACGUUCUGGAAGAUGUUUUCGAGCUUUGUGUAUGACAUGGCUGAGUUUAACAACUGGCACGAACACACGGAUACUUGUUUUAAAAAUCUGCAACCUGGGGAAGUGAAGUGUGACGACACUUGUAGGCUUCGAAUGGAUGGUUCUACUCGUGAAGAGUCUUCAGUCGAUCCUGAAACUGGAUCGAUAUUGUUGAAGCGAUGGCAUCCUUGGAUCAAUAGCUACAAUCCUGUUUUAUCGUUCUUGUACCAAUGCAAUAACGACGUUAAGUAUAUUGGAUCCGGUGAAGCUGCAAAAGCAUUAGUCUACUACGUCACUGAUUACAUUACAAAGGACGACCUACAGUUGCACGUUGGCUUGACCGCUUUGGAUUGUGCUAUUAAACGAUAUUCUGCAAAAUUCGAUGAUCAACCUGAAGCGUCUGAUAUCGUUAAGUCACGCAGCCUGUUGACUAAGUGUGUCAACUCGAUUAUGGCUCGUAGGGAGAUUUCUGCACAGCAAGUUAUGAGUUAUUUAGUAGGUGGAGGUGAUUGUUAUUCGAGUGAUACCUUUACUACUCUUCAUGAUUGUGGUAAUGUAUGUCGCUACGCUGAAACAGAUCAGCAUCCGGGUGUAGGAAACGAUGUCGAAAUAGAUAACGACUCUCGUGUUGACGAUUCUUCUUACAUCUAUGAGAACGUUGACUGUCCUGAACAAGCGCGUUUGAGUAUCACACAGAAUGGUAGGAGUAUUAAUGUAGAUAACCAACUUUUGGAUUAUAAGCUUCGUCCAUGUGCCGAAGAAUUCGAAACGAUGUCUCUGUAUUCUUUCGUUUCUCGCUUCGUCAAAUCAAACAGGCAGCCUCGCCGUAGUGGAGGACGUAUACUUCGGUAUCGCUUAUUGAAUGAUUCACAUCACCAAUACGGUACUCACGUGAUGUACAUUAGCCGCACGAGUCGUGUACCCGUUUUGUUGAUAAAUUCCAUACCGCGAAGGCAAGGGAUUAAUUCUAACGAAGAAGAAUAUUGCAGAAUGAUGUUAGUUUUGUUUCGGCCUUGGCGAUCAUUUGCGGACUUAAAAGCAGGUUUCGGAUCGUGGUGUGACGCGUUUGACGCUUACCAGUUCAAGGAUUUCGAACAAGGGAUAAUCAAUAAUAUG